GGCGCUGUUUAGUUUGUUCGACGGACGAGAUUGCACCAAAGUCGGAGACGCUCGCUCGCUCGCUCGCCGCCUACGCCUCAGCCGUCCCCUUCUCCGGCAAUGGCAACCCACCACCACCACCACCACCACCGCCCUCCUCCUCCGCCGUCUCCCCGCCGCCUCCUCCGCCCCGUCUCCGUCCCCGCGCCGCCGCACCCACGCCGCCGCCCGCGCCCUCCCCUCGCUUCCCUCCAACCCCCACCGCCUCCCCUUCCUCCUCUCCCCGGCAAGCGCUCUUCCGACCCCGUCGAGGCCAACCGCGAGUCGGCGGCGGCGGCGGCGGCGGUGUUGGAGGAGGAGACCGGAGCGAGGGAGGAGGAGGAGGGGUACGUGGCGAACGUGGGAGCAGGGGCGUACCCCGCUGCCGGCCUCCCGGCGCAUCUCCGGGCGGGGGUGGGCGACCCGGUGUUCUUCCUCCUGGCCUUCGUCGCCGUCGCGACGUCGGCGGCGUUCACGAGCAUGGUGGCCGUGGCCAUCCCUACGAUGCUAGCUAUGAGGAGAGCCGCAAAUUCAUUUACUUUGCUCGCUGAUGCAGCUCUUGAGGAGUUACCUAGUACAAUGGCAGCUGUAAGACUCUCUGGCAUGGAAAUUAGUGAUCUCACCCUUGAACUUAGUGACUUGAGCCAGGAGAUAGCAGAUGGUGUGAACAAGUCGGCCAAGGUUGCUCAGGCAGUGGAAACUGGCCUAGGGCAAAUGCGUGAUCUGGCGAUGCAGCAGGCAACAUCAAUGAUUGAAGAGCGAGCAAACUUGCAAACUAUCCCAAAUUCAGCUAAGAAGUCGAAUGGUUCUUCGACCCGACAGCGGCGACAGGAGAAAGGAAAGGACCAUUCAACCGAUAGAAUGGAACCUUGACACUCUAAAGAUAUAUGCUAAUGAAUGCAAACAACAAACUAGCAAACUGGAGGCAAGAAAUCAUACCUAGCGUAUACAAAGGCAGGAGCUUUAGAGCCUCAGGAAGAAUCAAUUGUCCCGAAGAACUUACAGAUGCACAAUGUUUUCGGUAAGACUGGAGUAUAUUGAUGCAUGUGCUCGUCACUUGGUCCCUAACUUGGGAUAGAGGUGUUGAUGGAAUGGCAUUUGCGGCUAGGUAUUGCAAAAUAA